UAGAAGCGUGCUUUGUACAUUGUUUUCGGAUAUCGAGACAGAUGAUUGGUGUCUCUGAAAUUUUCACGGACAUACAAUUAGAAAUAGGAAAUAAUAUCGUUGUAUUCGCCUGAGGUCGAUCGCAAGUGCUAUUUUAAGCAUCUGCAAAUAAAGUCGCUUUAUUUGAAGUGAAGCUUAUCUUGUUUAUGAGGUACAUUUGUUCUAGAUCAAAUAAGGGGAUGCUGCUGCAGUUGCUGUCUUUUAGCUCGACACAAUCGCUGAGUUUUAUGUUGCGUUUAAUCGAAAUAAGUAGCUUUACGAUAAGAGAAAGCGUUUGCAGAAUAUGUCAGUCUCGACCGAAUCAUUUUCAAAGAUACUGAAUUCAAAUUGUGCAACAUUUUAUUACAGUCCCGCACCGAGCAUAAACUCCAGAGGAUUUGAGCCUGUAUUGUGUUUUAGUAGUUCUCUGUAAACAACGGAGUGGUCUGUUAAGCGGUCUAACGGCUCUAAUAUUUUUCAUUAGCCGUCAAGUGGGUCGCACAACGUAAAAGCCAUGAAGCUUUUGGAAAAUUCCCAAUUUGAAGCAUUAGGCUCCCAGCUGUGUGUUGAAACUGGAGAUGCUCACAUCCUUGGCAGGAUAGAGAGUUACUCAUGUAAGAUGGCUGGUGAUGACAAGCACAUGUUUAAGCAGUUCUGUCAGGAAGGGGAACCGCACAUACUGGAAGCUUUGUCACCCCCUCAGUCCAGCAAUGCUCCAAGCCCUAACCUAUUGGGGAAGAGUGGGGAGGAAGGAGAGAACCCACUAAGUGAUAAAUGUUGCAGGAAGACUUUGUUCUACCUCAUCACCACCCUGAAUGAGUCGUUCCGUCCUGAUUACGACUUUAGUGCUGCCCGUGCCCAUGAAUUUAGCAGAGAGCCCAGUGCUAACUGGGUGGCUGACUCUGUUAACAGCAGCCUUUAUUCUGCUGUGGGGGAGCAGUUCAACACUUUGGGGCCAGAACUGUGGAAUGCCAUUGACCAAGAGAUAACCCUGCAGAGCUGUGACAUCUAUAGCUACAACCCAGACCUAGACUCGGACCCCUUUGGUGAGGAGGGCAGCCUGUGGUCCUUCAACUACUUCUUUUACAACAAGAAACUAAAACGCAUAGUUUUCUUCACUUGCCGCUCAGUCAGUGAUCUCAGUAGUUAUGGUCGUAGUGGCCUUGAUAAUGAGUUAGACAUGGAGCUGGAUGACGAAGAGGAAGUGGAUGGUUUCAUGGAAGACAGGUUUCCCCGAGCUCUGUGUGUCUAAAUCUUCUUUAGGGAUGUCAACCUGAACUUUAGCCAAAGGGCCUCAUUGUGUAUCACCUCCUCACUUUUUUUGUUGAAUUCAUCCAUUGAUUAGGAGGGAAAAAAAACUUUCAAAAGCUUUCUUUGUUGGAUUUUUUUUUUUUUUUUUACGUGCGUUUUAUGUGUGCUUAAUUUUGCUCAGUUCUUUAAGGCCUGAAAAGAAGAAUUUUUAAUUGUUAAAUUUAGAUCAUCCUAAUAUGAUCAAAGACUGGCUGGCAAGAAAUUCAAGAGACCUGCUUGGUUUCAGAAAAGAUCGCUUUCAGCAAUUUCAGUAUACACUGCACUGAUUCUAUCCAUUCACUCUUUUUGUUUGCUGGCUUUUUUUCAUUCUGGUACUGCUGUGCCUGCUAAAAUUGUUUUUAGUAUGAAAUAUCCAUAUAUAGUCUUUCUGUUCAGCAGAAUUUAGAGCAGUGCUCGAUUGUAUGUGUCAUUUUUCUUCACCCUCUUUUUGGCAUGCAAUCGACUCCAUCUUGCUACUUUGGCAUAUUUAAAAUGUAAAUGAAUGAACCAAACAUUGUCAAAGCUAAAGUUUCUUAUAACAUUAUAAAUGUGUUUUUACUGUUGUUUUGAUGUGGGUAGACAAAUUUGAAUUGCAAGUACUUCUUGUUGCCAUUUUAGCAUUUAAAUAGACAUUUAUUAUAUUGAUAACUUUUAAGGAUGACUGUGCAUCUGUGACUUUUUUUUUUUUUUUUUUUUGGGGCGUAAUAAAGGUUUUGUGUAAUUUACAGCACCAGCUGUCAUUUUUAACUUGACAAUGACAUCUAUUUGAUACUUGUAAACUUCCACUCAUGUAAUUCUGUUGACAAUUGUAUUUUAAAGACAGUAUUCCAAAUACUGCAGUAGGACUAACAAUGAAGAUGAUCUUUGCUGCUAGUUGGGAUUGUGUUUUACAUUUAUUUAUCUUUGUUUAGAUUCCUAAACAACACGUUCAGCCACAGGUAGGGGCAAUACAUGAUGGUCAUUAAA